UCGGAAUUAAACCUGACAGCUCUGUUUGACGAAUAUCGUCAGCUUGACUUUUGACAAGUUGCCCAAGAAUCGCCAAAUAAAUAAAUAAACAGAUUAGGAUACUAGGGUUGGUCAAUUUGUCGCCAGUGCGCUAGGAGUCUUAACCUGUUCACAUGGCAACAUUUCGCCUCGACCAGUCGGUACGGGUGUGUGUUUGUUUUCCCCCGUUUCCUUUUUUUAUGUUUGUGUGUGUGUGUAAAAGAUUUGAAAUGAAUAGAGGGACAUUGUCUCAAACGGUGAUGAUUCCGCCGCUCUGUGUGUGGCUGCAGUCCGAGGUGAGAUUUCAGUGUCUAUUUAGCGUUUAACUGGGUAUCAAAUCUGAUCGCUCUCCCUCUAAGGCCCCCUGUGUAGUCGUGAUGUAGUUCUUAUCAAAGCCCUCCUGUCUUGUUGUGACAGCUCUGAUAUUGUUUAUUGAGGUGGAUGUCAGGUUUAAUUAGCAAUCGAUAUGGAAAGCGUUUUCAGACCACGUCUCUGACGUCAGCGCCGAUUAACGCUUCUCAUUGGUCUCAAAUUCCCAGAGCCUAAGCUAAUUAUUGGAAGCUGCGUGUUGAUAAAGAACAGCUCAUCCUACUCUCCACAUCAUGUCCCCUCCUCGCUGGCCACUCUCGCUGCAUGUUUUUUAAAUUCACAUCACCGACCACCAGACGUCGUUUCCUCUUGCCUGGGAGAUGAUGGACAGCAGGAUACUGGAUCCACCUCAUGCCCAGUUCGGAGGCUCGCUCGGUGGGAUGGUGAGCUUCCCGUACCAUCUAAGCCACCAUCAUGUGUACGAAUUAGCCGGUCAUCAACUUCAGUCUACGGCCGCGGUUCCUUUCUCAAUAGACGGAUUACUAAACGGCUCCUGCACGGCUUCCGUGGUGAAUUCUAACCCUCUCUUGUCUGGCUGCGGUAUGAAUGGAGAUAGCCAACAGUACAAACUGACAGAUUCGGUGGAUCCAGACAAGGAUAGCCCGGGUUGCAAAAGAAGACGAACUCGUACCAAUUUCACUGGCUGGCAGCUGGAAGAAUUAGAGAAGGCUUUUAAUGAAAGUCACUAUCCCGAUGUGUUCAUGAGGGAAGCACUUGCUCUGAGAUUGGAUUUGAUAGAAUCGAGAGUGCAGGUAUGGUUUCAAAACCGAAGAGCGAAAUGGAGAAAAAAGGAAAACACGAAGAAGGGGCCGGGGCGACCUGCACACAACUCCCAUCCGACGACCUGCAGCGGCGAGCCAAUGGACCCUGAUGAGAUUGCGCGCAGAGAACUAGAGAGGCUGGAGAAAAAGAGAAGGAAACAAGAAAGACGGCUUUUAAAGUCCCAGAACAAACUCCUUUCCGGGGACUUAUUUCACACCCCAGGAUCUGACAGUGACAGUGGCUUGUCACAAGUAACGGACAAUGAACAAAGCCUCCAUUGCGACAUGGGCCGAAACCAAACGCAACCAAGCUGUGACCAAACACCACAGAAACUCCAGAACCAAAGAACCGCAGAUCAAGACGCGAGCGGAUCCGAGCUGGACUCGUCCGACAGCGGUCAGCAGUCAAACCUGUGCUCCAACAGUAGGUCUUCCACUCUUCAAAAACUCAAUCCCUUUAGUGUGGAAAGCCUUCUGUCGGACUCCAGGCCGAGGCGCAAGCCGCAUAUGGACUUCCCAGUACCGGCUCCACGGCCUUUGAUAGGGAAAGGACAUUUUUUACUGUACCCUAUUACACAACCUCUCGGUUUCAUUGUUCCACAGACUGCUUUGAAGAGCACAGCACCGGGCUCUGAUGCUGAAAAUGGCCAGAAAGGGCCAGCUGCUGACAUUACCUUGGCUGGAAACCUAGGACACAGGAGCGCCAAGGAGAACAACAGUGUAAACAACAGCGGCGCGCGAGCAAUCAAAGGCCAGGUCAGUCAGUCAGGCAACAUAACGUGUUCACCACAGAGCAGCUCACCACAGACUACCAUUAAUGGUCACUCGGCGGGCAGCUGUAACGAAAGAUGCCCACAAGAUAUAGAAUUAGACCCCGUCGAUCCAAAGUCUCCACAGUCGGAGAAAAAGGAGCAGUCGUUACCUGACUAUCCACCACAAAAUUCAGAAUCAGCGACAAGCAACAAGGACACCGACAAAGACUCAGUUGACGUCGAUAUGGAAUAAAUGAAAUCGCAGUAGAAACUGAGGAGCGUGUCGAUAUCGCGCGACCGCAGAUUAAACGAAGAGGGAAAAAAAGUCGACAUAUCGAAACGUAUCGUUUUCAUUGACAUAUUUAUAUUCUGAUUAGGGGAAAUAUCUGUGUGAAUAAUUUGUGUAUGUUUGUGGUGGGCUAUCAAAUGUUUAUUGAACAUAGCAGCAGCUCCCUGUAUAAGAAACUGUAAAAAAAAAAAAAAAAAAAAAAAAAAAAAUCAAACCAAGACAAAACCUCAAACGUUGUACAAAGUAUUAAGAUAUUUAUAUAUGUAAGUUUUUUUUUUUCAUAAAUAAAUCGAUUGUAUACAACAAACUUAAGCGUGCAUGGCCCUAAAUAGAGCUUAUGUUGUGGUC